AUGCGCAAUCGACCAAGUCCGCCGGUGGCCGCACAUUCGUUACCGGGGCCUAGCACCGCAUACAAUUGUAACUGCGGCAAGGCUAGAAAUCAAAGAUCUCAUCAUGGACAUAGCACUAUUAGCAGCACGGUUCGGAAGGAGCUGGCAUCGUACGAAAACCCCCAUCAAGCGCCGCCGGUCACGGUAAAGCCGGCCAAGAGGAAUGCCAGUACGGAGAGUUUGGAUCUGUUGAAUAGGAGCGCAACUGCGGAUGAAUGCACUUGUGCAGUGUACAGUCCGAAUUCACUCAACGGAAGUACCUGCAAGAAGUGCAGUUAUGGGUCUACUUCGCGCGAGAGUCAACGCGCCCAGAAGAAGUACAAUUCAUCCAAGUUUAAAGACGCAUCGACUUCGCCAAAGUCGAACAGUCCUUUGCGGACGCUGGAACCGAGGAGCCCACGUAGCCCAAAGAGUCCGAAAAGCCCUAGAGCGGAGGCAUCGACGGAUACCAAGUUUGAUUUUGCUUGCUCGCCCAGGACCGAGAGUCACUACAAGCGGCUGUCUUCGUUGAGUAUCAAUAAUGGCAACAGUAAGAGUAUGGCAACUAGUCCGAUGAAGCAACCGAGUCCGAAGAUGAGUCCGAAUAAGCUGACACCGGUCAAGAAUGAUCGUGUCCUGGAGAAGUCGAACUCUCUGGGGGAAAGUAAACCGCAAAAGAUGCUGCGGACAACACGGAGCCUUUCUCCGAGGCCACCCAUCAAGCAUCAGCACUCGAUUAUGGUGUCGGACGAGAACGAUAUCGUUUCGGUGAAACUUUCACCGAACGAAGAGUUUGAUGAAAUUAAAGAGAAGCACAAAGAGGAGAAGCAAGAGGAAGCUGUAUUGAUUCAGAAAAAGGCUUUUAGUGAGACGACUUCUCCGAAUUUGUCGGACCAUGGUAGCCUGAAGCUGGAUGAUGGUAACAUGAAAAAUGCCAACAAUCGAAGUACCAGUUGCUUGGUGUAUGUUCCAUCGGAUCCGUGGACUCGGAUGUCUUCUAGUAACUCGCCGGCUCCGAUUGCCAAGAAAGAGCACAAAUCUAAAAAAUUGGAAAGCAAGUCUUUCAGCAAGCCGAAUUUGGACUAUAUGAGAGAUACAGACCCUUGGGUAUGGCGCUCCAAUAUCACGCUGAACGAACGUCAUAUUAAGAAGAAGGGAUCGCUACCGCAUCAGACCAAAUCACUAGGUAGUUCCCUUAGCCGGGAUGAACUGGAUUCGCGAAAGCCGCGCCUAUGCCAGCAACGUUCGCUGACCAAAUUCGACAAGAAUCUGACCAUUCCGGGAAUAGAUCUGCACUUUGACGCCCGCAAGAAAAUCACCCGACCAAAACUGCAGCGCUCGAAGUCCCCGGCAUUCUACGAGGAAUUCUUCCAGACGGAUAAGGAAAAGACUCUCACCAAGGAUAAAUCGGUAUCUUCGUUGAAAAUCGAAAAGAAUGCCAGCAACUCCAACAUCAACGGUGCCAAAUGUACUUGCUUCGAAGCCAAUUCCCGUAGUCGACAGCAUUUGAACAAUAACAACAACAACCAUCACCACAAGUGUGAUCAUUCCGCGAUCCACAGAUCUACAACGAGUAUUACCUCUCCCACCAGCAAGAAACAACCCUCGGCAAAGCUGAGCUUUCUCCCAUCACCAAAGCCAAAGCAAAGCCAUCAGCAGCCAACCCAAUCGCAACCGGAGCUGGUCAAAGCCUCCCUAACCGUGCUGAAUCCGAAUCUGCUGCAACCGCGGCAUAGUUUUUCCACCCCCUCGCAGAAAGACGACGAGCUGCAGUUGAACAUUCGCCGUUUGAGCGAACAGAUGAACAAGUACAGCAGUGCCGGCUACUUUACCCAAACGACGCCGAGUUUCAUGACCGAAACGAUUCCACUGGACAAGAAGAAGGCCGGCGGAAGCGGUGGAUCGAUAGCCGUUGGAGGUGGCAGCGGUGGCAGUGCCCCUAGUGCAACGGCAAUCGAAUCUACGCAGAAACGUGCUUCAUCGCACUCGAAGAUCAACGAUCCGAUUCUGGAGACGCGAUGCUAAAGGUGCGCUCAUAACAAAAAAAAAAAAAAGCUCAUCUUUCGUAAUGGUUCACCGGAAGAAUAGUGACGAGUUUUGCGUUUAGUUUGCCAUCAAUUUGAGUGUUGGAUCAGCGAAGCUUGCACUACUUACCCCCGUACAGUAGUCCGGAGGUGACUCACUCGGAUUAGUUAGCUAGUCAAAAUUGUAAAAAAGCAGACGCGAUCUCUACUUAGGUAAAAGGGAAGAUGGGAUGUUUCUUUAAUUGAACUCAUGAUGCACGUGGUGUGUAGAGAAAUUUGAUAGGUAGCCAUCAUCGUCAGUUCGGAUUAGAAGAAUUCAAACCCGUUGUAAAGUAAUUACGAACACAAAUAUGUGUCUGUCUGUCAGUGUUUAAGUUGUUGAGGCAGAGUGGUAGGUUAGGUGGAGAUUUUAACAACCGCUGCUGCUGUAUUUCUAUUCUGGUGGAAAAAAGGAGGGAUAGUACACAACAAGGUACUAGUGCAAUUCUAAAACUAUGAUGAUAAGUGAAGAUGACAAUGAGCUAGAUCGAGCAUACUGCGGUAAGUUAGCGGUUAGCUACGAGGGGAAGAUGAGAGGAUCAUUGAUUUUGCCAAAAUCAGUUUGUACAUAGUUAUAUUAGUUCUUAACCGGUAAGAAGCAGUUUGCGUAAAAUUGAAAGGCAUUUACGACGGAUACGUAAAUAAUAUAGCAUCUAGAAAGCGUCAAAUUGCAAUGGUGUUUUGAGUGAAGCUGAUGUAGCGGUGAGAUGCAGUUCUUUUUCAGUGUUUCGUCCCCAAAAAGUCUUUUAUCAGUGUAUUGAGUAGAAGUAAUUUAAGCCUUGUGACAUAGCGGCGCCGGUGGUGUAGUGGUAUGCGUGAUUACCUCUCACCCCAGCAGGCCUGGGUUCAAUCCCAGUUGGCGCCGCCGGGUUGUUCUGAGGCAUAACAUCUCUGAUCACGUAGGGAAGUAAAGCCGUUGGUCCCCGGUUCAUGAGUUGAUGGGUCAAUAGGUAGGGUCCAGGUGUGGGAGCUGCCUCUCUGGCGUCUGUAGCAUUGGUGCUCAGCACGGAAAACAAGAUCGACGGAAAACAAACCAAAGGAAAAAAAAAGCCUUGUGGCACAAUGUAGCCUCCCUUAGCUCAGUCGGUAAAAGCGCAGCUACAAAGCAAGACCAAGCUGGAGGUGGCUGGGUUCGAUUCCCGGUCCGAUCUAGGAAAUUUUCGGACUGGACUCGACUGCCUUGGGCUUAACUGAGUAUGAUUGUACUUGCCUUGCCACACAAUUAAAUUAAUGCAACAUUGGUACAGGCCUCGAAAGCUCUCUAUUCAUAACAGUGGAAGUGCAUCUAGAACAUUAAGUUGAGAGCACACAAUAAGCUAAUAUGCGAUAAACAGUAGGCUUGAAAUGCGAAGAAGAACUCGUGCGUGAUUUCGGCGACUAUACUGCUACGGUUUCUUAUGACUUCCGUAAAGCUGACCACCGUAGCAUCAUAGAUGUAUUGUCUAGCAUGGUAUGGGAGAAAAUCCUUGAUCCAGAUGACUUUGAGGCUGCAGCGCAAACCUUUUCACAUGUCUUGGCAUAUGUCAUUGAAAGACACGUCCCGAAAAGAACUCACCACAAAGUGACGAGAGAGCUACGUAGGUUGAAGUCAAUCAUUGAGAAGAUUUACGAAGUAUCGCACGCUUCCUCUGAAACUACAUUAUGUGAGGCUAAAUCACAUGUACCAGCGAGUCAGCGCAAACUUAAGCUACACCCGAAAUCCUUUUGGAACUACGUGAACGAGCAACGCAGGGAAUCCGGCCUCCCAUCGUCUAUGGAAUUCAACGGAGAAGUUGCUGCCACUGUUCAGGAUAUAUGCCACCUUUUUUCCGAAAAGUUUGCCAGUGUAGUCACUAAUGAGACACUAACUGACGACCAUAUUAACCUGGCUGCCAGGAACGUUCCAGUAAACGAUCAAACGCUGGGUGCAAUUGAUGUUAAUGCAGAAAUGAUUUCUAAGGCCGCGACUCUGCUCAAGUCAUCCUUCAAUCCUGGACCUGAUGGAGUUCCAUCUGUAUUUUUGAAGAGACAUAUUGCUAGCUUGUUAAUUCCGCUUCUUCGCC